AUGGCGGCCGAGCUGCCGGUGCUGACGCGCAAGGAGCAGAUCGACGCGUUCCUGUGGAACACCGUCGACGCCGUGCUCGUGCUGCGCUUCGGCCUCGCCGACGACCCCGCCUGCAUGCAGCUCGAUGACGUGGUGAGCCGCGAUUGGACGACGUCGGGCCGGGCUUCCGUUGAGCUGGCGCGGGCGGCGGCGGACGUGAGCGGGUUCGCGCGGGCGGCGCUGGUGGACGUGCGGGCGGCGGGCGUGGCGGCGUACGUGGCGUGCCUGGACGUGCAGGUGGUGCCGGCCUGUGUAUUCUUCUUUAACGCCACGCAUAUCAAGAUGGACUCCGGCACGCCCGACCACGGCAAGUGGGUGGGGCCGUUCACGUGCAAGCAGGACUACAUUGAUGUCAUUGAGACCAUAUUCAGGGGUGCGAUGAGGGGCAAGCUCAUAGUCACAUGCCCGCUGCCCAGAGACCGAAUCCCCCACUACGACCUGCUCUACCAGGGCUUCUAG